AUGGUAAGAGCAGAACCUGCGGACCUGCGAGUCCUUCCUCCCCGGCGUCUGGGCUUCACGGCCCUCGGCGGCGCGGGGCGCGGGCCUGGCUCAAAGAAGAAAGGACUGAGUGUAGAAGAAAAGAGAGCCCGCAUGAUGGAAAUAUUUUUUGAGACAAAAGAUGUAUUUCAAUUAAAAGACAUGGAGAAGAUUGCUCCUAAAGAGAAAGGCAUUACUGCAAUGUCAGUAAAAGAAGUCCUUCAAAGUUUAGUUGAUGAUGGUAUGGUUGACUGUGAGAGGAUUGGAACUUCUAAUUAUUACUGGGCUUUUCCAAGUAAAGCUCUUCACACAAGGAAACGUAAGUUGGAGGUUCUGGAAUCUCAGUUGUCUGAGGGAAACCAAAAGCACGCAAACCUACAGAAAAGCAUCGAAAAAGCUAAAAUUGGCCGCCAGGAGACGGAAGAGCGAGCCAUGCUAGCAAAAGAACUUUCUUCACUUCGGGACCAAAGGGAACAGCUAAAAGCAGAAGUAGAAAAAUACAGAGAAUGUGACCCACAAGUUGUGGAAGAAAUACGUCAAGCAAAUAAAGUAGCCAAAGAAGCUGCUAACAGAUGGACUGAUAACAUAUUUGCAAUAAAAUCUUGGGCCAAAAGAAAAUUUGGGUUUGAAGAAAAUAAGAUUGAUAAAAAUUUUGGAAUUCCAGAAGACUUUGACUACAUAGACUAAAAUCUUUGAUGAUGAUGGAAGAUCUAUGAGCUUGUGAAUAUGUCAAUUUUUAAAUAUUAUUCAGGCAAAUAUACUGAAUUGUCAUGUAUCUGUAACUAUGUUUAUCAUUUUUUAAGUUUUCAAUAAAGUAUAAAUGCUGAUGUUCUUCACCCUUUUUUUGGUAGACUGGAAGCAAGAUGUUAAUGAUAUUCCAACAGUGCUCAUCAAAGUCAGAUGGUGCAAUUGAAACCAU